AUGACAACAGAUACCUCCCCGCCCGCUUUCCAGGUGGUAAACACCAUCGACCUCGUCUCUACCAGGGACAGCAAGAUCAUCAGCGUCAGCGUCUACUCGGGACGUGCUGAAAUUACGCGGUUGUUCAAAUUCAACGUGAAGACUGGCCAGAACCAGCUGAACAUUGUUGGGCUUCCACGAGUUUUGGACAAGGAAUCUUUUCGCGUCGAGGGCAGAGGUGCAGCUACCAUUCACGAUGUUACCAUCUCCAGCAUUACCUCCCCACCCGUCCCAACGACUUCUCCAGCCCUCGACUCAUUGCUCGCUAAGAAAAAGCAGGACGAGAAGGCCCUUGCGCGUGUUCAGAAGUCUUUAAACUCUCUUGAGACGUACCUCAAGUCCGUGAAGGCUCAGCAUCUCGACGUUUCCAAGCUGCAGGAGGUGGUCCGAGAGUAUGACACGACCGCUGGCGAACUCGACGACAAGGUCACAGAGCUGGAGAAGCAGUUGGAGGAAGCAGACGAGGCCAUCACUGAAGAGAGGAAGAGGCUCGCAGGGCCGACUGGGAACGAAAAGCUAAACUUGAAGGCGACGAUUGGGGUCUUUGCAGACUUCGAGGGGGAGAUCAAGAUUGCACUUAUCUAUGCUGUAUCUCGUGCAACAUGGAGCGCUGGGUACGACAUUCGUGUCGACAUGCAGGCCAAGGAGAAGCCCAUUUCCCUCAUCUACAAAGCCUCCAUCAACCAAAGCACCGGCGAAGAUUGGGACGACGUUCCUCUGACACUCGAAAGCGCAGCACCUACGUUCGGCGUCGGUGUUCCAGUCCUCACGCCAUGGACAUUAUCGGUCUAUUGCCCAGAAAUAUACUUCAAGAAGAGAGCACUACCCACUGCGCCUAUGCCUAUGAUGAGCGCACCACCUCCACCCCCGCCAGGACCUGCCUCAGCGUUCAUUUCCCCGCAGAUCCCCACCUCCUGGAGCAUGGAAACCGAAAUUCAAUAUCGAGGACUGCAGGUAUCUUCCAAAGGCAAUGUCAGCGCCACGUUCGGUGUUCCAGGGCUGAUCAGCAUCCCAAGCGACGGCGAGGGUCAUAACGUAACCAUUGUGAAGCUGUCGUUGGAUGCCGACAUGAGCUGGGUGUGCGUACCGAAGAAGGACAGCAGAGUUCAUUUGAAGGCGAAGAUCAAGAACGCGUCCGAGUACACACUCCUCGCGGGAAAUGCGAGCGUUUAUGUUGAUGGUAGCUUUAUUUCCAAGUCGGAGGUGCCUCUCGUUAGCCCAGACGAAAGCUUCGACUUGCCCCUCGGACUGGACCCGUCAAUCAGAAUGACCUACCACCCGCUCAGCAAGAAGACCUCGCAAUCCGGGUUUUACAACAAGUCGACCGUGUAUACCUACUCUCAGCGUAUCACCGUGCACAAUACAAAGUCCUCGCCCCCUGGGGGCGGCACUGAUGCUCUAAAAAUCAAAGUCAUCGACCAGGUACCCGUCUCGCAGGACUCAACCAUCAACGUCAAGCUCGUCCAGCCCUCUUUGGUCCUUCCCAACGCAGAAAGUACUGGCACGGUCAGCAGCGCAGCAGGUCCGGGCGAGAAGGCCAAACUUCCGCCUCCUGUCAAGGUGUCCUCUGGGGUAGUCGCUACGUGGGACGGCGCAGAUGAAGUGAGCCUCGGGCAAGGACAGGAGGAUGUGGACGUGGAGGCGUUGGGCAGGGAAGGGCGGCUCUGUUGGAUUUGCUCGAUCGCUCCUCAGGGUAAAGUUGAUCUGGUGCUUCAGUGGGAGGUUUCAGCGCCGUUGAGGACUGAUAUCACUGGCCUGUAG